AGAGCUGUCAUUCAGAAAUACACACGUUUAAUUUGUCCAUUUAAAUUAACUGAAUUCCUAGUUUGAUCUGAUGUCUCACAUAUUGACUUAUCCAGAUGUAAUUAUUGUUAUAUAUAGUUAUUGUGAAUUGUUUUUUCUUUAAAAGAAAGAGUUAACUCUCUCUGUGAGCCUCCUCUGUUUUAAACGGCCUCAGCUCGGAGUCGCUUCUCCAGGCUGAUCUCUGGUCAGCUCUCUGUUCUCAUGAGCGCCACACCAUCACGUGACCCUGCCGCUCAAACCGACCUGAGAUCUGCGUUUUCUACAGUGACGCGGCGGAGCCCGCCCACAGGGAGGUUAACUCACUCUGGCUUCCACCUCCGGUGUCGAGGGGCCGCCAUAUUUGUUCGAGAUAAAACUCAAAAAUAACUGUUUUUAGGAUCUUUCUCGACAGGCGAACCACCUGUAACGUAACAAUUUACGCCAGGAGACGAAAGCUCGUGCGACUCUUCUGAAGCAAAGGUAAAAACACGCUCUAUUCUAACUCACUAACGGUCUGCAUGCACACAUGCUAACGGCUAACAGAGCUAGCUGAUAAACACGAGUGUCAAAGUAGACGCAAGAUUGAGCGCAUUUCCGGUAAUAGCUUUCAAAAUAAAACUUUAGGCAACAAAAUACAUGACCUAUUAACAUUAUCAGAAUCAGAAAUACUUUAAUAAUCCUCAGGGGGAAAUUGCUUUUGUUACAGUAACUCCAGUGUAAAUAAAGUAGAAAAAGGAGAUAAAUAAUAGAUUAAAUAAGUAAAAAUAAAGAGCUAAUCAAAAUAUGCAAUAUCUGUCUGGAAGAGCACUAGUUUGAAUGUGGAGGUAAAGAAGACGUGUACAUCAAUCUUGAUAAACCAUCCCUGAACAGAGGGGGAGGCAUUUAUCUCCAAUUUGAAAUGCAGUUCUUACAAUAAAAAUAAUAAUUAUACAUUUUGUUUGUAUCUUGCAUUACAUCUGAGAAAACCGAUCUCUAAGUGCAUAUAGUGAAAGGCAACUGUAAAAACAACAAAUAAAAAAAAAACAACAGUAAAAGGCAAUAGGAAAAAGUACUGGGCAGGGUAAAAAAUGAAAAGAGUUCUGGACUGUCUAAAUCUGAAAUUCAAACACAACCAUAACAAAUCUACCAACAAGAACCUGGGUUAGACCUAGACUGGUGGGUAGCCUUAACACAUCCUCUGAUAAUGAUCACUCCCCCUUACACUAAUAAUGCCAUCUUAGGUUGUAUAUAUUUCAGCUCUAAACUUAGUCCUCUUAAGAGUGAAGAAGCAUUUUAGUGGAGAGGUGAAACAUCUGUAAGAAAACCUAAAAAGUCCAGUUGCCAGUCUAGAAGAAUCUCUGAGAUACCAUGACCUGGAUGAAGGAGAACCUUCAUGGACAUCCAGGAGUUAUUUGUAAUUAUACCAGGGCCGCCAAGUUUCAAAAAAUGACAAGAGUGAGACUUUAGCCUUAUGGUGUGUUUGGCUACCGAAAAAAAAAAAUCCUUUUUUAAUGUUGAUUUAUUCCUUAAGACUGAUGUCCUCACUUCCAUGCCAGCUGCUCUCCCUGCAAUGUGGCCUCCUAAUGCUAGUCUUGAUUAACCAGAAAUUAGAAAGUAGGUUGCUGUUGCGUGUGAAAGAUAGAGACGCCAAGACCUGCCUUAUGAUUGGUUUAUAUUGCUUGGUGCCUUUCGUGGUUGGUAAGAUUUAGGCACAAAAGACUGACAAAUUGGUCUGGGAUUGGUUAUCUUUGUCAGUCAAUCAGAGUUACUCGAAAUAUGGCAAGCAAAGGUUAUUAUCAUGAAAAAAAAUAAAUACAGUGUAUUGAAUGGGGAAAUAUAAGCGUGAGAAAUGUCAAGUGUGGCGUGUGAAAGGGUCAAAUGGCGUGACUGUCACACUCAAAGCAUGACACAAGAUGAUAUGCUUCAUGAUUAUGAAUUAUGUCAAUGAGUUUUAUUCCUCAUUGCUUCCCUUUACAGCAACUGAUAAUUUUGUGUCUCUUAACCUGGAGAGCAAUUGGAUUGGAUUUCCAAUAGCUGAGGUCUUUACAGCCUCGGUAAAUUGUGGAAUAAUAAGUCUUAGUCUUAAAAUAGUCAAAACUGAAUCAAACAUUUUUUGUUGCGUGGAUUAAUAUGUGUUAUCUUUUUUGUAUGAAAAGGGUUUAAGAAAUGAAGUUUGUUUGAUAUGCUCUUAUCUUGAAGGCCGUAGUCAAAACAUCCGCUCAGUAACGAUAGCCUGGGCGGGUUGGCGCUAACUUCCCGCAGUGAUCGGGCUGGAGGAGAAGUGCUGCAGUGGCGCCUAAAGUCUGUUUAAUCCGCGCCGUGAAUGAACGUUUAUAUAAAAAACGAGCUGUUUUAAGUGACUUCAGAGUUUUUUUUCCUGUUUUAAAAUCUCUGCACUGACAGGAAGUUUGUUCCGAUUAGCUGCUAGCUGUGCUAACAUUAACAGAGAAGAUCUCUCCAAACUAACCUGCCCGCGGUGAGUACCUGCUCCUCCGUCCCACCAGGACAACAAACCCACACUUUCUUCCUCCUCACCUGGGUAAAGUACCUCUGAAGCAGGUACAGGUGAGCUGUUUGAUCACACACAUCUCCGGGAACGGGUUUGACGGUGCGCGCGUGAAGAAUGCUAGUUAACCGGAUGUGGAAGUAGUUUUUUCUCCGCGUGUAAAAUAGGAAAUUUCUCGGUGACUUCCCCCGGAAAACCAACAACUUAAUAUCAAACGGUUUCCUGUGUGUGCUUCUGUAAAUGAUAGAGUGAGACAAGUCGUGUUAUUUAACGGGUGUGCAGGUUAAAAACAGCUCGGAGAGGGGAGCUGGGGGCACGGGGCUCAUGGCGGACUCUUUUCUGUCCGUGAAGGCGCGUAAAAUGGCUCCUCGGCCGCGGGGAGAAAAACCUCGUCCUUUUCAAUCCGCAGCAAUGUGGAAAACUGUGCUCCUAUUAUCGGACACAGUGUCGCGCUAACUUACGUAGCUUUGUUAAACCUUCGUUUCUCCUUAAAUCUAACCGUCACAGAAAAAACUGCUAAAAAUCAGAGUUAUUUAAUUAUAAGUAUCUAAAUCUGUACAAGCGUCGCCAUGGCCAACGCUGUAGCGUGCACCUAUUAUCGGACACACACUGUGUAGUUUUUUGAGCGCAUUGAAAUCCCGAAUAAAAAGUGCCAAAGUUUCGUUUCUCUCUUUAAAAGGAGCUUUAGUAUGUUAUACUGAAAUAAUAAAACCUUUCUAAACUUCUGAGAAUUCAUAAGUGUGACUUUUCCCCAUAGACUGUAUAAAGAAUGGAGAGUCUGCCUCCUCGCUGGGUGAAGCCACUCCGAGAACAGCACCCUCUGUUGAUGGGCUGCAGUAUAGGUCAUAAACCGCGCCUCCGCCAGCAAAACUUAUGGGGCUGUGGACAAACUUUAGAAAUUUAUUACACAGAUUAUAAUUUUUUCUCCCCCCUGCUUGUGAUGUUGACAUGUAGUUAUUGUAAGACUGGUUUGUGCUCAAGUCCUCUUUUUUCUGUGAAGCUCCGUUUUUAAAAGUCAUUAGGGGGUUCAUGUUUGCUAUGAUUGACACCUGAUACAGCCUAUGGGCGUUCAGGGAUUGCGUAGCUCUCCUGGGGGAUACGCUGUUUGAGCCGAGCGUCACCACAGCGACUCUCGGCGACUGCGAGGCCGAAUGCGCGCAUCGCAUAGCGCUGGUUUCAGGAAAUGAAGAAAAAUCCCGGAAAUACAAAGAGCUAUUUGGCUUCAAAUCCGUAUACAGGCGGUAGGCGGAACCAAGUUGUCCAUAGUAUAUACAGUCUAUGCUUUUUCCUCUUUAGUAAAAGAAAGGCGGGACGUGUCCGAUAAUGGACGCAAGUUGUUAGCCUCAGUGUUUGUUUUUCUCCCUAAACUGUUGUACAGUUUACUCUGAAAACCUGUUUUAGUAUCAGACAAACACGAGCUAACUGGUUUUAAAUAAGGCUCCACAGUCUGAUUUGUUCAGAUAAUUGAUAAAAGAUUUUAAUUUAAUUAUGAAGUGAUUUAGACAAGCUUACAGUCUGCUAAAAUACAGUCCUACAUACAGUUUUUUUUUCCUCUCAUUAAUCAAGGUUUAUUUUCAGCAUAAUAGAAAUAAUGUCAUUAUCAUGCAGUCCUGAAAUCUGAAGACUAAUGACACAGUGCUUUUAUAUAAUUUUUUUUUACUGUUUUCUAUAUGAAUGAAUGAAUCAAAUCUCUGACACAGCUAAUGGAUUAUGUGUGAUAAGCCCAGAUUCACAUAUAAACUUAAACCCAUAAGAGUGGGGACGUUGUGUAGGUGUUCAUAAAAACAGAUUUUAAAGCUUUGCACAUCGUCUAAAGCCAAUUUAUUAUUAAAAAUAGUGUAAAGACAAUCAAUCAAUCAGUCUUUAUUUAUAUAGCACUUUUCAUAAAUAACCAUGUAGCACAAAGUGCUUUACACAGAAAAAGGAAUAAAAGAAACAAAGAAAACCCAAAUCUACCCCAACCUAACCCCUCAUUCUCACCCCAUGAUCUAAACAGAAACAGAAUUAAAAUGCAUGAACCUCAAAAGGGCUUAAUUUCAUAUAAACAAGAAUGGAAACGUCGUUUUAGAACUCAAGAUAAGGAAACACUGGAGGUUUAAAAUCUAAAAACAAAGUAACAUAAAAUGAAAUUUAAGAUGUAAUUAAUAAAAUUAAAUAAAAACAACUGUAAAAGAUACUAAAAUAAGAGCACCAAAAUUGCUAAAUAAAAGACGAUCCUGUCAUUAAAACUAGAAUAGAUAAAUGCUUAAACAAAGUUAAUGAUAUAGAAUUUAGUUAGACUAAAAAGCUAUGUUUUCAGUUUGGUUUUAAAAUCAUUAAGACAAGAAAUGUUAAAAGUGAUAAAUGUGAUUAUUGUAUGAAAAUAUAAAUUCACUUUAGAUAUUAAACCAGCAACAUUUCUCUUAAAAGUUAGAGAAACAACCAAACAGGUAAAAAGGUUCAUUAUACAAAAAUAAAUAAAUAAAAACAAACAGCUGGAGGAACAUUUUUCUCUCAUCUUUCACUUCUUUUUUUUUUCAUUUCUUUUAAAAUCCGUCUAUGUGCAGUACUUUAUUAAGGGUGUACAGGUACAAGGUGUCCUGAACCUCUAUUUUACACAUCGUUUUAGAGGUUUAGUAAUCAGUGAACAAAUUAAAAUCAGUUUCACCUUCUUAAGUGGACAAAAAAACAAUUUAUCACCAAUGUUCUUCUUGUGACUCAAGAAUGUAUUUAUUUUUUAAUAGAAAAACAACUUUUAUGUUCUGUAUGGAUAUUUCCAUUAUCUGUGUUGGGCUCCUCGGCGAAAAAGCUUUGGUAUGUCCUAAUGAAGCCUCAUACAAACUUUGGCACUUGUGUUUGCAAGUGCAAAAUCCGCCUUAAAAAGUAAGCUACGCCUCUUGACUAAGAAGAGUCCUGGUCUGCUGAGUUUUCCAUUUUUCGUCCAGACUUUCUGUAACAUGUUUUUGAUUAAAAACGAGCAGAUACUGACGAGUUCAACAGAACAAUCAGAGAAAUUAGAAAACUGAAGAUUCAGAGCCUGUCCUCCUCACAUUAAGAUCAAGUGUUUUUGGUUCAGAUGUCUCUGGUGGACCUGGGGAAGCGUCUGCUGGAGGCGGCACGUAAAGGUCAAGAUGACGAGGUCAGAAACCUGAUGGCCAACGGAGCGCCGUUCACCACAGACUGGGUGAGUCUGUGAACGCAGUCUUCAGGGUAGGUGGUCCUGAUGAUUUAUGAAUUUAAAAACUUGAUUAUGUGUGUGUGUUUCUCCUGCAGUUGGGGACGUCCCCACUCCACCUGGCCGCUCAGCACGGUCAUUACUCCACUGCCGACGUCCUGCUGAGAGCCGGCGUCAGCAGAGACGCUCGCACCAAAGUGGACAGGACCCCGCUGCACAUGGCGGCAGCUGAGGGACACACAGUCAUCGUGGAGCUGCUGGUCAGGGUAAGACCUGGUCUAGAAUGACUUUAUUCUAGAUUUUAUUCUGAAGACACUUUCUUUUUUUUUAAAUCAGUUUUUAACCCUUAGUUCCUGUUAAUUUGAAGCUCUAUCCAGCCUACUUUUACCCCAAAACGGACAUGCAGCUAAGUGUUCAUAAAAUAAUAAUUUUUUACUUUUUUCGACUCAAAUCUCUUAAACAACCUCAGCCCUAACCAUUAAAAAAAUAAUUAUAAAAUUUAAUGUAUUACCCUUUUUAUGCCAGUUUUUGUUCACCGUGUCACUGCUAUUUUUAAUGGUAAAAAACGCAAAAUCGCCAUAUUUCCCAUAUAAAAUGAGAAUUUGAUACAAGGCAUAUAAAAUCAGAAUAUAUAUGUAAGGUUAUAAACAUGGACGCAGAUUCGCAACCGUGCACACACGCAGGAGCACACAAACUUUUCCUUACACACAUAUCCCACCCUUAGACAUCCAUAUGUAGUGGCAUGUAAAGUUUCAUUCAUUUCUGAUGAUGUUUAGUGGAUGAAUCAGCGCUUCAAACACUCUCCGUCCAUGAAUGAAGACUUGCACUGAAGGGGUUAAAAUGAUGUGCUGGCUCAAUCUGUUGUAUCACUGUCAGAAAGUCAAAUUUAGAGCCCUGGUGAUCGACUGACUGCAAAAAAAGGUUGUAAUAUGUUGUUAUGGUGACACAGAUUUUUUCUUUUUUUUUUUUAAAUAUGAAGAAAAAUAAGAACUCUCACCAAAUUUGAUGACCCAAUCUUUAAAAAUGUGACUGUCAGCUCAAAAUAAAGAUGAAAAAACUGACAAAUGUCCUCAAAAUGAAACCAAGGGUUAAAACGUCUUUAGCAGCAAAGAAGAGAAACCACAAGGUCCAGGUUUUUCGGUUUGAGUCCAAAAUCAUCUUCGAGUUUUUUUUCUCUCAGAGCGGAGCAGACAUUAACGCCAAAGACAUGCUGAAGAUGACCGCUCUGCACUGGGCGGCGCAGCACGGUCACCAUGGCGUCGCCGACACGCUCAUCAAACAUGGCGCCGACGUGCAUGCGCUUAGCAAGUUCGACAAGACGCCGUUUGACAUUGCCGCCGACAUCCAGAACACGGAGCUGAUGCUGCUGCUGCAGGUGAGGCGUCGUGACCUCUGACCCCGUGGCUGAUGGUUUGUAUUCAUAUGAACUCAACAAUAAGAGUGUGUGUGUGUGUGUGUUUGUGCGUGCGCAGGAGAGCAUGCAGAACCAGGUGAACAUGAACCAGGUGAACAUGAACCAGGUGAGUAUGAAUGUGGAGACCACGCCCACCACCAACCAGCCACAGUUCAUCAUUCAGGGGAUCCCCGCCAUCCAGGGGGGUGUGGUCAACCUGGCCGACCUGCUCAACAAGGCCAACGCAGGUACACACACGCACACGCUCUCUCUCUCUCUCUCUCUCUCUCUCUCUCUGGGGGUGUUUCCUGCGGAUGUCAUUGUUUGUGGGUUUUUGUGUCUCAGCAGAUUCAGAGGAGGCGAUUGCCGCCAGUGCUCUGGACCCCAACAUCCAGCACGCCGCUGUGGUCAAUGAGGGGGGUCAGAGGGUCAUCACUAUAGUAACAGACCAACAUGGGAACCUGCAGACCACAGGAGGGAUGACGCAGCCGUUCUUCGUCACCAUGCAGCACGGACAGCAGAGUACGACACACUCACAGCGUCUCAUCAUACACACACGCCAGGUCUGAAAAUGGAUCUAAUUAUGUGUGUGUGUGUGUGUGUUUCAGUGCUGGCAGUGCCCGCCAACACAGUGACGGAGGAGGUGGUGACGGAGGAACCGCAGCAUCCGCCCUCCAGAAAGAGGAAGCUGGAAGUGCCCAAUAACCACAGCGAUGGCGGCGAGACGGUGAGCAGCGAGCGGGUCCACUGUCAGUAAAAAGUUCUGUUUCUGUUCUGAGUCCUGGGUUCUUUGUAAUAGGACAGAACAUUUUUAAACAUUCAGAGUCUGAAAGUCCAAAGGGCGACUCAGAACCAGAAACCAACAACCUAAAGAACCGGAUACUUGGGUUCUUUGUUGUUUUGUUCAGUCUGGUCUGACUCCAGAAGUUUUAUGUAAGAGGGACCAUUAGUGUUGUUUUUGUCGGUCUGUUUCAAUUUUAGUUUUAGUCUUUGUGUUAAACUGUCAUUUAAGUUUUUAUUAGUUUUAGUUCAGAUCGCCGUACUCCACAGCUGAUCACAAGAGUUCUAUUUUUUCCGGACGCCGGAGCAUGGCGGAUAAAUUCAGCACAGAUUAACCCGUGCUGGAAAGGAAGUCGGGCACAGACACAAAAUAAAACAUCCGGUUUCUUUUCAAAAUAAAACACUCCGUGUUUCAGGAGGAUUGUAUUUCACACCGUGCAAACGGGCGGAGACAAACAAGUGAAAGGUUUUUAGAUGUAAUUUCACCCCCAUGACACCAGGGAUGAGGAGAUGCUGAUUCUAGCAGUCUAGAAGUAGAUUUCCUCCUCUGGAAGGACACAAUCUACUACUUAUAUGUCUAUGUGUCUGUCUUUAUAGAGGCAACUCGUUAUCACGCGAUCGUACGUGAAUCCACAGGUUCUUGUGAGUUCUCACGAAUACCGUGAGAACUCUGCCCAUAAUCCGCCACGAAAUUCGCCUCAUAAAUGGAUCCGGUAGGAAUUGGCAGACGGCGAAAAUCGCCCGCUGUUCCAGAUCAGAGCCGUUCCGGAUGUGGUGGAAAUCCUGGGUAAAACUCUGACUAUCUUUUUAGUACUGUAAUUCUGUUUAACCCAGUUCAUGUAGUAUAGUUUCCUAGUACAGUAUAGAAUAAAGCAAACCAAUUUUUUUUUUUUAGUCAAACCCAUUUCACAAAUCAAACAUGGUUAUCUUAUUAUAUUAUUGUUACCUUAGAGAGACUCAAGAAAACGUCCAUUCAGACGUGGAAGGUACUCUGAGCAAGCAAGGCACACACAAGCUAGACACACGCGCUUGGCUGGACAGUGUAAAACAAAAAGCGCCGUUACAUCAGCGUCUUAACUUUCCUCGAGUCCUUUCCCGAGGUGUCUUUUUAGAAUCAUGGUGUUUUUCCUGGUUUUUUUUUUUGUUUGUUUGUUUUUACGGUCGCAUUUCUCCCUUUUUCUUUUUCCACUACACAUUCAGUUUUGUUUUCCACUUGUUUGUAAUUGAAGUGUGUCCAGAUAUCAUUUCUUCUUUUUCUCCCCGACACCCGACCAUGACUCCAACUCACCCAAAAACGUCUAAAAAUACCGCGAGUUAGGGGACUGAGGAUGUGAGGUCGCCGAGGAAACAGAAAACCAUGACAAUGCAACUAAACAAUCUCGUCUCGUUUUAAUUGACAAAAAUGAAGAGAUAUUUUAGCAGUUUUUAUUUUGUGAACCACAUUUAGUCUUGUUUUUAUUUGUCAACAAUAUUACAUUAUAUAUUUAGUUAUAGUUAUCGUUACAAGACCACUGUUUACGUUUCGUCUCGUUUUUGUCACAUGAUAAAGGUUCGUUGACGACAAUAAUUCGUCAUAAUUUUCGUUGACGAAAGCAACACGAGGUAUUAUGUUUUUUUCUUUCAGACUCUUUACUUCCUUUUUAAAAUCUUCAAUCAGAAACGGUCUCCUGUUUCUCACUCGGAUGUUUUAGAAUUUCGUUAUUUCAUAGUUUUUCUAUCCGAAAAACUUCGAGUUACGAGAUGUCUCUCCACCAGAGUUAAGAACUUUGUGUUGACUUUUUAUUUUUCACCCCCCCCUUCUUCUCCUCAUUCUCCUCCUUCUUCUUCCUCUUCUCCUCCUUCUUUUCCUUCCUCUUUAAUCUCUUUCUUCUUCUUCUCCUCCUUCUUUUACUGCUCCUCCUCCUCUAUCUCAUUCCCUUUCUUCUUCUUCUUCUUCUUCUUCUUCUUCUUCUUCUUCUUCUUCCUCUUCUCCUCCUCCUUCUUCUCCUCUCUCUCCUUCUCCUCCUUCUUCUCCUGACCCUCCUUCUAAUUUUCCCUCUCCUUCUUCAUCUUCUUCUCUUCUUUCUCCUUCUUCUCCUCCUCCUUUUCCUCCUCCUUCUUCUUCCUCUUCCUCCUCCUCCUACUUCUUCUCUUCUUCCUCCUCCUCCUUCUUCGUCUUCUUCUCCUUAUCCUACUUCUUCUCCUCCUCAUCCUUCUUCUUCUUCUCCUCAUUCUUCUCCUCCUCCUUCUUCAUCUCCUCCUGCAGGAGUUGUUGCAGAAGCAGCUGCAGGAGGCCAACAGGAAGGCGCAGGAGUACCGGCAGCAGCUGUUGCGUAAGGAGCAGGAGGCCGAGGAGUACCGCAUUAAACUGGAGGCCAUGUCCCAGAGCCAGGCCAACAACACCAACGCCAACAACACCACCACCGCAGCCAACGCUGCCAGCCCUGAGGAGGUGGUAGGAGGGGAGGAUGAGGAGGAGGCGGCAGCUGGCAUGGUGGAGGAAGAGGGAGAGAUGGUGGUGUUGCAGGAGGGUGGGAUCAUCAUGGAGGGGGAGGAGGGUCAGGUGACGCUGGUGGAGACGGGGGCGGAGACGACCGAGGUCAGCUCUUAACAGAAGGAGGGGGUAGGGCAGAACAACAGAGACAAAUCAUAACAGGAAGUGACUUGGUGUGACUAUUUAGCAUCCCAUUAACAGAGAGAGUGAUGGAUGCCACUUUGGAUCCUCAAAGACUACAGAGAUGAGAGACAAUGGCGUUUCAGAACAACGAGGACAAAGACAGUUUCAAACACACUAAACACCCGUGACAGAGGACAGAGCGCCAUUUUGAAUCCCUGAGUGAGAGAGAGAAAAGAAAGAGAAAUGACUCAUUAACGAAGCCCUUAAUCAGCGCCGUUUGGAUUCCCCGAAUGAUGGCCUUCACUUUAGAGAAGGAGAUAACGGAAAAAAGAUGGACUCAUCGAACUCUAAACCCCGACAGACGAGCUUUUAUGUAUCAUUGUGGAUCCCAAAAAACAUAUAGAGGUAAAAAUGAUGGAGGAGGAGGGGGAGCUGAGACAGAUCCCAGAGGAGCAUCCAUGUUUGUUCUCUGAUACAGACCAAUGAAACGAAGCAAUGAGGAAAGAAACCUGUUCACCACGGAGGAGGCGGGGCCAAAAUCAGGCCAACUCAAACCACCCCCUGUGGUCAGGUGGAAGUUUCAUGCUCGCUUCCCUGUUUUUCUUUGAACCUGCUGAAAAUCCACGAACUCCAGGAUCUUCUCAGUGCAGGAAAAUGAGUGUUUUUAAGUUUGUAGGACUUCCUUCUCCCCCGGCUGUAUCCCAUUUUUCUGCUGAGUCUGACUUUCUUCUUUUUGUAAAUCCUUGAAUCUGAACCGUGUUCCUCUGAUGCCUUCACAGCCGUCUUGAUACUUGGGACAAUGUUUUCAGACCUAGGUGCGAAUCCGUCGCACCGUUCUGCUUCCCCUCCUGGUGCAAAUCUGAAAGAAGGCGACAGUCAGAGAAUCGUGGACACUACAAAUAUGAACUGAACUGCUUUUCUACCUUUUCAUGUUUGUCUUGAUAAAGUUUUUUUUUUCUUUUUUGAGAUGAGACUGUCAUGUUUAUGAUUCCAACAAAGUUGAGUUCACUUCUUAAAAACUAAAGUCAUGGUCUCAGACAAGCCAAACAUUUUUCGACCUUUCUUCUUCAAUCACCUGAAAACCGUCUCCACAAUGAUCCUGAGAGAACUGAAUCAGACCUGCCAGGUGAAACUUUAAAGAUCUCCAUAUUUGAAUCUGGUUUUUGGACCCUCAGGUGGUUCUGCUGAUCUCGCUCUAAGGAGACGGCACAUCUCUUCAAACACCAGUAGGCUUAUGGGCCAAGAUUUGUGCCUCUGAAAACUGAAAUUAAAUUAGAAAAGCAGGACUUCAAAUUAAUGUUUUCAAACUGAAUUCAUUUGAUCUGAAACUCUAUUUUUCAAAAUUCAAAAUUUUAAAAAAUCAAUUUCAGUUCAGCGUGAGGAAGUGUAACUUAUCGCAGAUUUACACAGCUUCUAUUCAGGUCUGCGGUCUAGUGCUCCACAGAUUUACGUCCACAUUAUUUCUCAUCCCUAAUUAACCUGCUGGUUCUAGUGUCUGAGCACAAAUGGGAGGAGUUUUUAAAAGCAAAUAUUCACAUUCAAAAAUAAUCUUAAUUAACACGAUAAAGGCCGAUCCAAACCUAAACAAUACGUUCAAAUCAGAACAUAAAGGGAAACUCAAAAAACGGCAAAGUUCAAGAAGAGACAAUGUUUUCAUCCAAGAAGAAAAAAAUCAACAUUUCAGAUACACACCUGAGAUCCUUGGUCGUCAGGGCUCCUGGAUUGUGUUUUUUAGGGUUGUGAGUUUCCUGUAAAUGAAGAUAUUGUACGUAUUGAUCACCGAUAAAUCACCAAUCUGGACCGUGUUCUCCUCAGAUUUUCAGGUCUUUCUCAGCUCUUGUGGUCCCUCAGAUUUCAUGCUGCAGGCGUCCAGCUCUAGAUGAUGUUCUCAAUGUACGUUUGCAGGCCUGUUUGAGAUUUUAAAGGUUCUGAUUCAGUUGAACUCUCUGAGUAAUAAACCGCCUGUGUCUUUUACAAAGCUCCUCACCAGAUGACCACCUUGUCAGUGUUUCUAAACAAAUUUCAAGAGCUGCAGGGGGUUUAGAACGAGUGAAGCUCAUUUUCAGGAUGGAUCCAGGACUAAAACGCUCAUCAGAUCGGUUUGGUUCAUGAUGACAGUGACUGUUUGCUGCAGUCACAACAUGGACGAAUCUGCAGGAAAGAGAUCAGUCACGAUUAUAUGGUUUCAGUUUGUCCUGAUAUCAUUUUGUGAUUUCCCCUAAAACACAUUCAAUUAUUGAUUUUCCAGCAGCAGGAUGAUUCAAGAGAAACAGUGAUAGUUUCUCUCCCAAACCUUCAACCCGGGAUACCCAAAGGCCUCGGUUUUCUCUUAAGUCCUCCUCCGGUGUGUCCUGGCUCAGUCUCUCAGCUGAUUAUCAGUUAUUGAUAAAUUACUGUAGGCCAGACUCCUCCUCUAAUCAUCGAGCGUCAAAGUUAUUUUUAUAAGCUCAGUAAAGCCAACUUUUUCUAUGUAUAUAUAUAUAAAGUUGUAUUUUUUUAACUGUUCCUUGAAUGCUACAUCGUGGCGAGGAUGAUGAUGAUGAUGAUGAUGAUGAUGACGACCAUGAUGGCUGCCUGCAUUGUUGAUUAUGAUAUAAACACUUGUUUUUUUCCAAUAAGGGAUUCUCUCUUGUGUUUUUCAUGCUUUGGUCGUUGAUAUGUCUGUUCAGGUUUAGUUUUAUAAAAUAUUUGAGGAGUUGUAUAAACUCUGUUUUUGACAUUG